AUGACGAACGAGAAUGAGAAAAAAGAGGAGAAGGUGGACGAGAAGGAUCCGAUGGACGCAGUAAAAUUCAAGCCAGGCAAGCGUUUCGGUCCGUGGAUCAUAGACAAAACUCUAGAUGAAGGAGGCUUUGGUCAAGUGUAUCUUGUAAAAACGGACGAUGGAAAACGAGCUGCUCUAAAAGCGGAAUCAAAUGAAGUUGAGGGUGGAUCAGCGAUCAAAUUGGAAUCUCUAAUUCUCAAAAAACUAAACAAAAAUGGUCCGAAACCGCAUGUCCCACAACUGCACGUGGCUGCCAAACGAAAGAAGUACUGUUAUAUGGUCAUGACACUUUUGGGUGAAAAUUUAAAAUCGCUUCGAAUGAAACGACCCAAGGAGAGAUUGACACGUGGCACAUGGUCCAGAAUUGGGAUUCAAUGUCUGUAUGCAUUGAAGUAUAUGCACGACUGUGGAUUCGUUCAUCGGGAUAUCAAACCACAGAAUUUUAUGAUGGGAAACGAGGAUGAUAAGGAGAGAGCUAGAAUUGUGCAUAUUCUGGAUUUCGGAUUGGCUAGGUCAUUUGCUAGAUAUAGCGAGCACAACAAAUCCUGGACGGCUCGCCGUGCUCGUGGCUCUGCCGAGUUUCGUGGGACGCUUCGUUAUACAUCACCAAAUGUUCAUUUGAGAAAAGAACAAGGUCGUGUUGAUGAUAUUUGGUCUCUCCUAUAUGUGCUCAUUGAGCUCAAUGGAGGACUUCCAUGGCAAAAAGCUCAAAAACGAGAAGAAGUUGAAGCGAUGAAGAUGGCAAUGUCUGAUCAGGAUGUAAUGUUGAAUAUGCCCAGUUGUAUGGGAGGAGUCAUUCCACAUUUCAAAAAAUUAGAUUAUUAUCAGCGACCUGAUUAUCACCUCGUCUUCAAAGCUCUGUGGCAAGUGAUGCUCAACGAAGGUCAAAAACUAACUUCUCGAUUUGACUGGGAAACAAAGGAUCCAGAUCCCUCAAUUCCAGCCGCCGAUUGGGAGAAUCCAGAUGGACGGUUCUUCAAACAGGAUUCAAUUGGAAUCAAUGGACCACCACCGAACGAUAAGGCAGGCGCAAAUGAGUCGACAAUCCUGGAGACGGAAGCAAUCAAAAGUGAUAAAGGCAAAUCGGUGAUUAAGAAGUGA